AUGAGUGAAAUUCUAGGCUCCAUGGCCGAUGUGCCCAAGGACCUUCUUGCGGAGGUCCAGAAGCUUGAGCAGCAGUUCACGGUGCCUACCGAGAAGCUCAAGGCUAUCAGCAAGCACUUCAUCUCGGAGCUUGACAAGGGUCUGAGUGUCGAGGGCGGUAGCAUCCCCAUGAACCCGACCUGGGUUAUGUCCUUCCCAGAUGGCUAUGAAACUGGCACCUUCCUGGCUCUCGACAUGGGCGGCACCAACCUCCGUGUCUGCGAGAUCACCCUCACCGACCAGAAGUCCGAGUUCGACAUCAUUCAGUCUAAGUACCGCAUGCCCGAGGAGCUCAAGACCGGAAAGUCUGAUGAGCUUUGGGAGUACAUCGCCGACUGCUUGCUGCAAUUCGUCGACACUCACCACCCCGAUCAUCCCAAGGACGAGAAGAUUCCCCUCGGUUUCACUUUCUCCUACCCUGCUACCCAGAACUACAUCGAUGAGGGUAUCCUUCAGCGCUGGACCAAGGGCUUCGACAUCGACGGUGUUGAGGGACAUAAUGUGGUCCCCUUCCUUGAGGAGGCCCUGGCUAAGAGAAACGUCCCUAUCAAGCUCACGGCUCUGAUCAACGAUACUACCGGUACUCUGAUUGCCUCGGCUUACACCGACACCAAGAUGAAGAUUGGCUGCAUUUUCGGCACUGGUUGCAACGCCGCCUACAUGGAGAACUGCGGCUCCAUUCCCAAGCUCGCCCACAUGAACCUGCCCCCUGACACCCCCAUGGCCAUCAACUGCGAGUGGGGUGCCUUUGACAACGAACACCGGGUCCUGCCUCGCACCCCCUACGAUAUCAUCAUCGACAAGGACUCCCCUCGUCCCGGCCAGCAAGCUUUCGAGAAGAUGAUCGCCGGCCUCUAUCUCGGCGAGAUCUUCCGCUUGGUCCUUGUUGACCUCCACGACAACAAGUCCAUCCACAUCUUUGAGAACCAGGACAUCGCCAAGCUCCGCAAGGCCUACACCCUGGACUCUUCUUUCCUGUCCGCCAUCGAGGACGACCCGUUCGAGAACUUGCAAGAGACCAGCGAUCUGUUUGCCUCCAAGCUUGGCCUCAAGGCUACUCGCCCCGAGCUGGAGCUCAUCCGCCGCCUUGCUGAGCUCAUCGGCACUCGUGCUGCCCGCCUCUCUGCCUGCGGUGUCGCCGCCAUUUGCAUGAAGAAGGGCUAUGAGAGCUGCCACGUUGGCGCUGACGGUUCGGUAUUCAACAAGUACCCUCACUUCAAGGCUCGUGGCGCCCAAGCUCUCCGCGAGAUCCUCGACUGGCCCGCCAAGAAGAGCACCAAGGAGGAGGACCCCGUCGAGAUUCUCGCUGCAGAGGACGGCAGCGGUGUUGGUGCCGCUCUUAUUGCCGCCCUGACCCUGAAGCGCGUUCAGCAAGGCAACAUGGCCGGCAUUCUGCACCCUGAGAACUUUAAAUAA